GUUUCCCUUUUUCACCAUACCGAUAUUCCGUCACAUUUGACACAAAACAACAAAAACGUAACAGGUGAUAGUCUAUAUGUGCAGCCAUACAAAGAAGACAGUGAAACAAUGAAUUUGGACAAAUGGGUGCAGUUGAAUAGCCAGACAGCAGGCCGUGACAAGGUUGCUCGCCUUAUCCAAUAUACUUCACGCGCAUUAUGGGACUUAUUGGAGAACGCCGAUAUGAGUCCAGCAUUGGCCGACAGCUUCAAAACAGUGGAGUACAUACUCAGCACAUUCCGAAAACUACUACGUUUCGGACGCUGUGUUGACAUAUUCUAUUCUUCGCUGCGUACUAUACACUAUCCGGAUUUAACGAUACGUGUCACACUGACGUUGAGCAAGUUAUCGCAAUCUUUGUUUCUGCUUGCCGAUCAUUUCAUGUGGCUAGCGCGCACUGGUCUCUUCAAGGAUAUAAACUCGAAGCGUUGGGGUAAAUUUGCGAACAAGUAUUGGUUGCUGUCGAUCAUAAUGAAUUUAUGUCGUGAUGUGUAUGAAAUAUUUCGAUUGCUCGACUUGCGUAAGGCAAGCGUUAAAAGUGGUAUAACCCGCGUAAGUGAUUCAAAAUCACCCUUAAGGGUCACUUCACUGCGUGACUUUAAUCGAUUAGCAUUACAUUCGUUUGCGUUAAUUUUGAUACACAAGGAUGUGGCUGUAGAUACGAUAAAAAACCUAUGUGAUCUGUUUAUUCCACUUACGGGGCUGGGCUAUACAAAACUUUCACCGCGCACAAUUGGAUUGUUGGGUGCCAUUUCAUCUGCAGCCGGUUUAUGGGCAUUAUUGGAACCAACAGCCAAACUGACGCCAGUAUAAAAAUGAGUUUAAUUAUCGCUUGCGGUUAGUAUUAAAGUGCAAAUAAUAUUUGUUCUUGUAUUUCGCUUGAGCAACGCCUAACCGUAGAAUUAAAUAUUAGACGUGUUUUUUUUUUAUUACAACUCGCUGAGCGAAUAACUUUGAAUAAUCUAACAUGUAUUCAGUUAACGCUGUUGCCAAUAAAAUCUAUUAAUCUUAAAAAUAU